AUGUCGCAGAAAUUCACCGAAGCGUUCUCGAAGAUUGGACCGCAGUUGGCGAAGGCGAUCACGGUUGGAACGGUGGGGAUCGGCGGAUCGGUGUGGGCAUUCCAGAACUGCCUUUUUAAUGUCGAUGCUGGACAUCGAGCCAUCAAGUUUUCCAGGAUCAGCGGGUUGAAGGAGAAUCUUUACAGUGAGGGCACUCACGUGAUGAUGCCGUGGUUCGAACGACCGAUCAAUUUUGAUAUCAGGAGUAAGCCGAGAACUCUGGUCUCCCUCACUGGUUCGAAGGAUCUGCAGAUGGUCAGCAUUUCCCUACGAACACUAUGUCGCCCUCGAGAGGAUAAGCUUCCAUCAAUCUACCGCUACGUCGGCACUGACUACGAUGAGAAGGUGUUGCCCUCCAUCAUCAACGAGGUUUUGAAGUCUGUCGUGGCUCAGUUCAAUGCUUCUGAGUUGGUGACUCAGCGAGAGGUUGUUUCGCGUCGUAUUCGACAAGAGUUGGUUGAACGCGCGCGUGAGUUCAACUUGAUUUUGGACGAUGUUGCCAUCGUGGACCUCGCCUUCUCACCAGAGUACGCCGGUGCUGUCGAGCAGAAGCAAGUAGCCCUGCAACAGGCCGAACAGGCGAGGUACCAGGUUUUGAAAGCGCAGGAAAUGAAGAAGAACAUCAUCAUCAAGGCUCAGGGUGAGAUGGAGUCGGCGAAGAUGAUCGGUUCGGCGAUCCAGAAUAAUCCCGGUUUUGUGGAGUUGAGGAGGAUCGAUGCAGCAAAGGAAAUAUCGCAUCAUAUGGCCGUUAGCCGAAAUAAGAUGGUACUGAACUCGGAGUCUUUAUUAUUGAAUCUCAUGAGUGGUGGUAAGGAGAGACUAGCUGUAGACUAA